AUGAAGGAGCUCAACUUCAGAAAAAGCAGGAGCUCGACUUCUCUCCCACCUGCAGAGUCGGAUGCGCACCAGUUCAGCUCGUCCCCCUCCGGAUCGCAGCCUCACUGGUUCCAGACUCUGCAGGUCCGACGCUUUCGGGUGCAGCGAGGACGAAGCAACAGCGACCCGCUGAGAGGGAACAGCCAACCGGACGAGUUCACCUGGAACUCGGGUCUCCGGUUCGGGACGGCGAACUCGUACCUGAGUUUAGAGAAACUCGGCGAAGGAGCGUACGCCUCCGUCUAUAAAGGAAUCAGCAGGAUCAAUGGACAGCUGGUAGCUCUGAAGGUGAUCAGGAUGAAAACAGAAGAAGGAGUUCCGUUCACAGCCAUCAGAGAAGCCUCUCUGCUUAAAGGCCUGAAACACGCCAACGUGGUCCUCCUUCAUGACAUCAUCCACAGCAGAGAGUCACUCACACUGGUGUUUGAAUACGUGCAAACAGACCUGGCUCAGUACCUGACCCAACACCCAGGAGGUCUGCACUCACACAACGUCCGGAUCUUCAUGUUCCAGCUGCUGCGAGGUCUCUGCUACAUCCACGGCCGCCGGAUCCUCCACAGAGACCUGAAGCCUCAGAACCUGCUGAUCAGCUACCUGGGAGAACUCAAGCUGGCCGACUUCGGUCUGGCUCGGUCCAAGUCGAUCCCCAGCCAGACGUUCUCCUCUGAGGUGGUGACGCUGUGGUAUCGCCCCCCCGACGUCCUGCUGGGAUCCACAGAUUACUCCACGGCUCUGGACAUGUGGGGCGCCGGGUGCAUCUUCGUAGAGAUGCUGCAGGGGGCGCCGGCGUUCCCGGGCCUCAGCGACGUGUUGGAACAGCUGCAGAACAUCUGGACGGUCGUCGGCGUCCCGUCUGAGAACAGCUGGCCUGGAGUCAGCCAGCUGCCCAAUUAUAAACCAGACUGGUUCCUUCCCUCUGAGCCCAAACUGUUCCGCAGCGUUUGGAAAAGGUUGAACCAGCUUCCCGGGAAGACGGAGGACCUGGUCCAGAGGAUGCUGACGGUCAGACCUGCGGACCGGAUCUCAGCGCAGGACUCUCUGAGACACCCGUACUUCAGCACGCUGCCGGCUCCCAUCAUGCACCUGAGAGACACCGUUUCCAUCUUCAAGGUUCCGGGGGUCCGUCUGGAGACGGAGGUCCGAGACGUUUUCAACCCGGGACGUAAAGUCAGACCAUCUCUGCUGCCUGGAGCCAAGUGCUGGUGAGCCGAGGGCCGAACCCCCCCCGAUGGGCCCCAACCCCCCCAAACCUCCCCAAUGGGCCUGAACAUCCCCGAUGGGCCCC